GGACUCGGGAACCGUUUCAAGAAUUUGAAAGAAGCAUCCCACCUCUUACAACGUCGUCAAACCAUUUCUCCGUGACGUUCAACCGAUACAACAUCACUUGCCUUUCAUGACGAAACCCUUUUGAGGGGCGAUGGGGAGGUUAUCAUUGCCUACUCGCUCCACGUCUCACCUCUUGACCUCCUUUGAUCGAUGUCCAGCCAAAGAUUGGGCUGGAUUAAUUGAGACGAUAUUCGCGGGUUCAGUGAUGUCAAGGAUAUAUAAAGAGUGGCGAGGCGAGUCCUACUGAUCCCCAAAGUCUUUGUUUUCCUGCAAGACUUCCCAAGCUCAUACCAUCCUUGACUCAGACCAGUCUCACACAGCUCAUAGGUCAACACUUUGGGUACCCAACUCAAUGUUGACGAGCACCAUGAAUGGACCUGGCCCUUUUCAUGGCGGAAAGCAACCCUCUAAACGAUCCCCCUCCCACGGAUCAUUCUCUCAUCCACGCUCUUCAACAACUUAUGGUCAGGACACCGUCAUUGGCUACAGGCAGGAUGAUGGACAUGAUGACGAUGGAACGCGUAGUGACCAGUCAUGGGUAGACACCACUGAAACGGCACGUCGACCUCAAGACGCCGCCCGCGAUCAAGGUCCUUCUCGGGAGAGCGACGACGAUGAUGCAAUGGUCACUCGAGACAUGCUGGAGAACCUACAUUCGUCGAUGAGAAAGUCCUUUACCAGGUCUCAAGACCGCCAGAAACUUCUCUCACUCCGGGUCGACAGCUUGCGACUCGGCCAAACGGGCUUAUCCGACCAGUUGGCCGAGAUGGAGAUUGCCAUUUCAGGCGCCAAUCAAAGUCUUCUGACACGCGUGGACAAGCUGACAGAUGCCGUCAAUUGGCUCACGGCGCUCUCCGCGGUAGACGCACUCAGGCCCUCUCAGGACACAACAGACCGCCGUCCCGGUACUAGCUCCUGCUGUUCCCACCACCACGGCGGCGGCGGUCAUGAGCUUGAUCUUCUAGACAUAUUGACAUUCAGCCGACCUCACUCCGGCAGCAACAUCUUUCCUUCCCCUGGACAGGCUACGAACGCCUCACAGUCAGCGACGGUGAGCUUUUGAUCUUGAUGGCGUGGCGUGUGACUGGGGUGUUACCGGCGGGCAAUAAACCCCUCGCUGCCUCCUAGAUCCGAGGCUGAUAGCCGCACAGAACGAUGCCGUGCUCUUCCAAGCCUUGAAGAUGGCAGCGAAGGCAGAGGCAGAGG